AACUCGAAGUUGCUAGAAAAUUGUUAUAAAAACGAAAAUAAAUUAUUUACCUGAAAUUAACUCAGAAACAAUUCAAAACAGUAGCAAACAAGUCGAAAUAAAAAUACAUUUAUAAUUUUAAAACAUUUUUACGCAAUUGUGCAAUUCUUAUUGUUUGCCUAAACGACCUAUUGCGAAUUUCAUCACAACAACAAAAUGUUGCUUCGCCUUGCAUGUUCCACGGCCCGUCCGGGCCUAUUGGGUCAAUCCUCUCAGAUGUUCCUGAAGGCCAAACCAAACUUGUCCAGUGUCCGUAACUAUGCCCGCGGUCCAGUGCGGACACGUGCUGCUCCGGCUCCAGUGGAACAGCCGCGAACCUCCUCACUUAAGGAGAAACUGAUGGGUCCACCAAGUGCCAAUGCCUACUCCAUGGGCAAGGGUGCUCUCGCUGGAGGCGCUGUUGUGGGCAUGGGAGCUCUUUGCUAUUAUGGAGUUGGUCUGGGCCAGCACACAAGCAUUGCGGAUAAUUCCAUUAUGUGGCCGCAAUAUGUUAAGGAUCGCAUUCAAAGUACUUAUGGAUUCUUUGGUGGCUCCUGCAUUCUGACAGCCGCCUCAGCAGCAGCUGUCUUUCGCUCUCCCCGUCUUCUAGCCUUGGCCUCGCGAGGCGGUUUCUUGUGGAGUAUUGCAUCGCUUGCGCUGGUCAUUGGCAGCGGUGCUGUCGCUCGUUCUAUUGAGUAUCAGCCUGGUUUAGGACCCAAGCAUCUGGCCUGGGCUCUCCACUGUGCCAUUUUGGGCGGUGUCAUUGCACCACUGUGCUUUAUAGGCGGACCAAUUCUAACACGGGCUGCCCUCUACACGGGAGGUAUUGUCGGUGGUCUCUCCACAAUCGCUGUCUGUGCUCCAAAUGAUAAAUUCUUGUACAUGGGCGGUCCUUUGGCCAUUGGUCUCGGUGUGGUGUUUGCCUCCUCAUUGGCCUCCAUGUGGUUGCCGCCCACAACAGCUCUGGGUGCUGGUUUGGCCUCAAUGUCCCUUUAUGGCGGUCUGCUGUUGUUCAGCGGUUUCCUGCUCUAUGACACUCAACGUUUAGUUCGCAAGGCCGAGAUUCAUCCCCAAUAUGCUUAUACACCCUUCGAUCCCAUCAAUGCUUCGAUGUCCAUCUAUCUUGAUGUAUUAAAUAUAUUUAUUCGCAUUGCAACCAUUAUGGGCGGUCAGCGAAAGUAAGGAUAAACUUUCAAAAUAACUUGUGAUCAAGAGAAAAAACUUAUAAUACCUACAAAUGUAUAGAAUUAUUUAAAUAAACGGACAUUGCUUUAAUAA